UCUUACUUAGGGCAGGCCUCAAACAAAUUCUUAUAAUUACAUGUUGGUGACAUCACCAGUGUUAGAGUGAAUCUCUAUCUCAACAGGUCUACUGUAUACCAUAUUAUCCCUGAAAUUGCCAAAGACAAAAUACUUCACUGCCUUUUAAAGUCUUUCAGGUCUAUACUAGGGAUAUGCAAUGCAAUGAUGCCAAUAGAAUUUAAGGUAAAAAUCAAGCAACAUUUGGCUGAUUUGUGAGAUAACCACUUGCACUUAUUCAUACUUUGAUUGUUUUAGAAAAUUAAAAGAAUAUGUUGUUGCUGGGAAUAAGUAUUAAACCAGAAAUGUAACAUCAAACUGGAGUUGCAUAAUGUGAUGCUGUUAACCAAGUGGAAUUACAUUGCUAGAUUAUUGGGAAAUGUAUAACAUUUUGCUGAACUUCAAGUUUAUAGCCAGAGUGCAGUAAGUAGCAAGUUAGAUUAUUGGUAAGCAAUCAGACAAAUUGUUUAACCAGGGAUUACUUUAAUGUUUAUUUGUGAUGUUGAGAAGUGGGGAAAUGAAGUUUAGCUCAAGGAGUGCAUAAUAUUAUGUUGUUAUUUAGUUUUCACCAUUCUAGCAUGAUUGCUUCAAAUGAUAAGAGAGUAACAAUAAAAUGAAAAUGUGCAUCAUAUGUUUAUAAAACAAUAAACCAGAUUUCAUAUGGUGUGCUUUCCUCUGGAAAUGCAGACAAAAUGUUAAAUGUUCCUUGUGCAUUAUAUUAAAAUGUAGAAAAAUCCACACAAAAUAUAUUUCCUGCAAUGUUUAACUUUGUUAUGUCUUGUCUGCUUGAGACUUCCAUUUAUUUAUGUAUUUGUGAAUUUAUUUAAUACCAGUGAAAGCCAUAAUUUACUAACCCAUAUUCCAAGAAGUGUAGGAAAAAUAAAAGAAGAAGCGAAAGGAUCAGCGGAGUUUCAUUAGCUAAGAACAACUUAAAGAGAGUGACUGUUUAGCCAAAUGAAAUAUGGGCAUCUUGCCUUGUGUUGUUUGAGUACAUCUUAGUGUAUGGGUUUUAAUGAAUAUUGUCUUCAGACAAGGAAUGCUCAGAAACUUAAUAUGAAAGCUAAAUAAUCAAACCUGUGAACAAUCUGACAUGCCUGCCUACUAGAACUUUCUACAGAUAUCGAUUUUUUAAUGCAGUAGUAAUGUCUUCUACUUGGCUAGUGUAAGAGAUAAAAAGUUCACCCUUCAGUAAAGAAUUACUAAACAGCAACAACAUAAAUUGUGUGUGUGUGUGUGUGUGUGUGUGUGUGUGUGUGUGUGUGUGUGUGUGUGUGUGUGUCUUUAAGAAGAGUAAUAACCAAUGGCCGAGGAUAGCUACAAACUGUUACAUUUAAGAGAGUGGUUUACAAUGUACAACAACACAAAUCUAUCUGCAACUUUUUGUUUUCUCUCUGGCAUUUCCUACGCAAAGUCUAUUCAAAAUUCAAACUUCUCAACGAUAUUUGAAUAAAUACUUUCAGCAAAAUGGCUUCACAUUGCUGCUAUUGGUUUCCUUCAGAGUGAAACUAUAUCAAAGCGUGUUAUGUAUACAAGCAGCUUUGCGAAUUUUGUCUUGUCAGCUAACACCCUCUAGUGCCGACUACAAUGUAUUUGACCUUCCGUUCCUGACAGCCGCAGGUUGGGAUGCUCAUUUCUGCACACCACAGUUUGGCUCUUCUCUCGUCCUAUCUCACCCCCGGAGGGCUCAAGUGGACUUCAUUAGCGUAUUUAUUUUUGUUUAGUUCCACAAAUGCCUUGCAAGGACGUUCAAUUUGGUCUCUUUCUUGGGAUUUUACCGCUUAACAAAAUGGAUACAGUGCAGCCUUGCAAAGCACAACCAAAAUAGUAGCGCACGUAUAAUUAAGAAGCAACUGUACAUGCAAAUGUUUGAAGUAUCGCAGGGAGACAGGGGUUUGCAGCUUUUCUUUGCAGGCAAUGUGAAAUCUUGUGGAUAAUCUAAAGACUCGCUGCUUUAAUAGUUUCAAAGAUGUGAAUCGGACUGAGGAAUCCCUCACAGACACGGUUUGUCUGGCUCGCUUGCUGCUCCAUCAGUUUGGAUUGCCGGAAAGGGGGGAAUCGGACGGGGGAGCCAGACAUACGCCUCCUUUUUCAAAACACAAAUAUUUUUCAGGGUUGUGUAUAUUCAGGGGGACACCCGAGGCAGUUAAUCUUCAAAGGGGUAUCUUAGCAGAGCAAGCUGCAUUGGUUGAAAAGAAAUGGAAUAUAGCUGGAACAUCGGUGUCCUUCUUCUUUUGAUCAGAGUGCGGUUCGCCUGCUCAAGUCACCUUUCCAGCAGCAACCAAGUUGUGCUUCUCGAUACCACAGCAGCACAGGGAGAGCUGGGCUGGAAAACGUACCCAUUAAAUGGGUGGGAUGCCAUCACAGAAAUGGAUGAGCACAACCGUCCCAUUCAUACUUAUCAGGUCUGCAAUGUUAUGGAACCAAAUCAGAACAACUGGCUACGAUCCAAUUGGAUUUCUCGAGGUGCUACUCAAAAGAUCUAUGUUGAGAUGAAAUUUACAUUAAGAGACUGCAACAGCAUUCCAUGGGUUCUUGGAACAUGCAAAGAAACCUUCAACUUAUAUUAUAUGGAGUCAGAUGAGUCUCAUGGAGUUAAGUUCAAACCUAGUCAAUAUAACAAAAUUGACACCAUUGCAGCUGAUGAAAGUUUCACUCAGAUGGAUCUUGGUGACCGAAUCCUUAAGCUCAACACUGAGAUUAGAGAAGUAGGUCCAAUAAGUAGAAAGGGGUUCUAUCUUGCUUUUCAAGACAUAGGGGCCUGUAUUGCUCUUGUGUCUGUCCGAGUGUACUACAAAAAGUGUCCUUUUGUCUUCCGUAACUUAGCAGUAUUCCCUGAUACAAUUCCAAGGGUGGAUUCGUCAUCCUUAGUUGAAGUCCGAGGAUCUUGUGUGAAGAAUGCUGAGGAGAGAGAUGUUCCAAAGCUUUAUUGUGGAGCUGAUGGAGACUGGCUGGUACCCCUGGGCCAGUGCGUCUGUAGCGUUGGCCACGAGGAAGUAGAUGGAUCGUGUCAUGCUUGCCGGCCAGGCUUCUAUAAAGCCUAUGCAGGAAAUACCAAAUGUAUCAAAUGUCCACCUCACAGUUUCACCUACGGAGAAGGAACCUAUGUUUGCAUAUGUGAAAAGGGAUAUUUUCGGGCAGAAAAAGAUCCUCCUGCAAUGUCAUGUACCAGACCUCCUUCCGCUCCCAGGAAUGCAGUAAUUAGCAUAAACGAGACAGCUCUAAUUCUUGAAUGGAGCCCACCUGUUGAUAUGGGUGGAAGGAAAGACCUUAUUUACAAUGUAAUUUGCAAGAAAUGUGGAUCUGACCUUGAACAGUGUGAACUAUGUGGUGGAGGGAUACGUUUCAUCCCCAGUCAGACAGGUUUGACUAACUCCUCUGUGACCAUACUUGACUUUUUGCCUCAUGUGAACUACAGUUUUGAGAUUGAGGCAGCGAAUGGAGUCUCGGAACUCACGAGGUCCGAUAAGCAAAUCACCGCCAUUGCAUUCACAAGUGAUCAGGCAGCUCCCCCUUUAAUAGGAGUUAUACGGAAGGACUGGGCCUCCCAAAAUAGCAUUGCUCUCUCAUGGCAAGAGCAGGAGUAUCCCAUAGGAAUUGUCCUAGACUACGAGAUCAAGUACUAUGAGAAAGAACAGGAACAGCUGAGCUAUUCUUCAACACGAACAAAGGCUCCGAGUGUAAUCAUCUCUGGGCUGAAACCAUCUACCAAGUAUAUAUUUCAUAUCCGCGCAAGGACAGGAAAUGGUUAUAGUGGUUACAGCCAGAAGUUUGAAUAUGAAACAGGAGAUGAAACUUCGGACAUGGCAGCUGAACAAGGCCAGGUGCUUGUGAUAGCCACUGCUGCCGUUGGGGGGUUCACUCUUCUUGUCAUCCUCACGCUGUUCUUCCUCAUCACUGGCAGGUGUCACUGGUACAUCAAAGCAAAAAUGAAGUCUGAAGACAAAAGGACACAGUUCCAAAAUGGUCAUCUACGACUUCCAGGAAUCAAAACAUAUGUUGACCCAGAUACAUAUGAAGACCCCACACUAGCAGUUCAUGAGUUUGCAAAGGAAAUUGAUCCUUCUAGAAUUCGUAUUGAGAGGGUGAUUGGAGCAGGUGAAUUUGGGGAAGUCUGUGGUGGGAGGCUGAAGACUCCAGGAAAGCGAGAGAUCCCUGUGGCUAUUAAAACACUGAAGGGAGGCUAUAUGGAUCGACAGAGGAGGGAUUUCCUGAGGGAAGCCAGCAUCAUGGGACAGUUUGAUCAUCCUAACAUUAUUCGCCUGGAAGGUGUGGUAACAAAAAGCAGACCAGUAAUGAUAGUUGUUGAAUACAUGGAGAAUGGCUCUCUCGACUCCUUUCUACGGAAACACGAUGGUCAUUUUACUGUCAUCCAGUUAGUCGGCAUGCUACGUGGGAUAGCAUCAGGCAUGAAUUACCUUUCAGACAUGGGUUAUGUACAUAGGGAUUUGGCAGCACGGAACAUUCUCGUCAACAGCAAUCUGGUGUGUAAAGUGUCAGACUUUGGGCUGUCCCGGGUGCUAGAGGAUGACCCUGAAGCAGCAUACACAACAACUGGUGGAAAGAUUCCGAUCCGAUGGACUGCACCAGAAGCCAUAGCAUAUAGGAAGUUCUCAUCAGCAAGUGAUGUUUGGAGUUAUGGGAUAGUUAUGUGGGAGGUCAUGUCAUAUGGAGAAAGGCCUUACUGGGAGAUGUCUAACCAAGAUGUAAUUUUAUCCAUUGAGGAGGGAUACCGGCUUCCUGCCCCCAUGGGCUGCCCAGUAACUCUGCACCAGCUUAUGCUACACUGCUGGCAGAAGGAGAGGAAUCUUCGACCCAAGUUCACGGAUAUCGUUGGCUUCUUGGAUAAAUUAAUCCGCACACCGAGCACCUUGCAGAUAUUAGUGGAGGACAUACAAGGAAUGCCGGACUCCCCUGGAGACGUCAGUGACUAUCCUAUGUUUGUGACAGUAAGUGAAUGGCUAGACUCCAUAAAGAUGAGCCAGUAUAAGAAUCACUUCUUGACAGCAGGUUUCCUAACGUUGGAUUCUGUGACAAGGAUGACAAUAGACGAUGUACGAAGACUAGGUGUCACACUAAUCGGACAUCAGAGACGAAUAGUGAGCAGCAUACAGACUCUGCGACUGCAAAUCGUACACACACACGAGAAGGGCUUCCAUGUAUGAAAAUGAAUAUGAGAGACUCGGUUUGGUGCCUCAGAAUUUUUUAUGUCAUUUCAGUCGAUACAUGGAUGCCCACUUAAAAAAAUGCAGGUCUCUUUUUCAAAUAAUGGAUGUUUCUUUUGUGCAAACACCUCUAAAAUGAAUUUUCACCAGACUUCUCACUUUCUUCCUCUGUUAACUUCAGGAAAACCUCUGGUCAAGACGAAGAAGAAGAAUGGCUUAUACAAAAUAAAUAAGACAUGAAGUUGAUUAUUAAAAGAAAAUUAUAUUGGACUGACCAUUGGUUGGAGUCUGUGAUGUGGGGUCAUCACAGAUAGCUAAAGAAUAAGGUUCCUAUAUGGCCCAAGGAGGCCAUAUCAUUACUAAUGUGUGUAGAGACCAAAUGAUAGAUUGGAAAUUAAUCAGCCUUUUUUCCAUGUUUUGUGGUCAUGUUACUUCCAAUAGCAAAUGUGCAAUCAAAUAAUUUGUUUCAUUUUCUUUAGAGUUUUUAAAGUUUAAACCUAUGGGUUUAUAAUGUUAUAUUUAAAUCUAUAUAUAGAUAUAUAAGUAUACAUAUAUAAAAUAAUUGUCAGUAUGCCGGUGCUUGAGAAAUGCUAGGAGCUUUGCCAAGAAAGAUUUCUUUUAUAGAAUUUCAAUUAUAUGCAAAGAAGUGGAUAACUAAAUUGCUACAUUACACUGUUUUACUGCACACUAUGUUGACGUGUGUUUAUCAACACUUGUGGAUAAUCUGGAAAAUAUAUACAGUGAGUGACAAUAUUUAGACUUGAAAAAAAAAGUGUCAUUUAAGCAAUAAGACAAUGCAGAGUGUGUGAGCAAUUGUCAAAUGUCAGUUGACAUUUGAAAUAAAGUGAGUGGUUUAUGUACUCAAGAAAGGCAUAGUGUUACCAGAUACAGCCAAUAAUGUUUUUUCAGUUGUAUGCUAAGGAGCAGUGUGUGCUAUCCUUAUGAGUUUAUAAUGUUACAUAUCAGUAUGGAUUUUUAAAGUAUUAGUAACUACUGCAGAGAUACACAACUGCCACUUUUGGUAUCUGUAAUUUUUGAAUUGCCGUGUUGGUAUUCGUAUUUUUGGCAUCAGCACUUGGUGACACACACUCUGGAGUGCCUUAAUGCAACCAAAAAGGGUUAGUUUUGAUUUUAAACAUUAUAUUGACUAUGAAUAAUGUACUACGUAGUUAAAUAUUUGAAAACUGGACUGCUGCAUUCAGACAAAGCUUAGGUACAUGACUCCAUUCAACACAGCAUCCAUGUAUCCAUCUACAACCCCUUAUAUUGUUUGGUUUAUCUGAACCAUUUUGCAAUGAUGAACUACAGAAAGCCCCAUUGGCUGACCUCUCAACUUCUUUGCUCGUGAAUUCUGGAUAAAGAAAACAAAAAUAAUAUGGAGACAAAAGACCCUG